AUGAUAGAUGUCUGUGAAGGAACAAUUGAGUUAAACUUGGGAAAGGACCUGAAGAUGAAGUUUGAUAUCAAGGAUACAAUGAGGAAACCAACUAUAGAAGAGGGAUAUGUGAGCUCAGAAACUGAUGAGUACAAGAAGCUCCUUGACACCUUCAGACCAGUUCCAAACAUUCUGAGCAUUGAGGGAUUGGACAGGCCAGUUUGCGAAGUCAUGGCAGUGAGCUCGAUCAAGAACUCGAUCGAGUCGAGUUUCGAACAAACGAACUCGAUCGAGCUGGGGACUGAAGCAAGGAGCAAGCUCAAGGAGAUUGGUCUGAGCUCAAGGCGCCUAAAGUCGACCUCAAACCUUUGCCUGAGGGCCUCAGGUAUGCAUUUCUGGUACAGAAAGGCAAUAGGUUACACUCUAGAUGAUAUCAAGGGGAUCUCCCCUGACCUAUGCAUCCAUAGGAUUCAUCUAGAGGAUGAAAGUAAGUCAAGCAUUGAACCUCAGAGAAGAUUGAACCCCAAUCUAAAGGAAGUAGUGAAGAAAGAGAUACUCAAGUUGCUUGAUGCUGGGAUAAUCUAUCCCAUCAGUGAUAGCACUUGGAUAUCUCCAGUUCAUUGCGUCCCAAAGAAAGGGGGGAUCACUGUCAUUAAAAACGACAAAGAGGAGCUGAUUCCCACUAGAACAAUAGUGGGGCAUCGCAUGUGUAUUGACUAUAGGAAGCUAAAUUCAGCAUCUAGAAAGGAUCAUUUCCCUCUCCCUUUCAUUGAUCAGAUGUUAGAAAGAUUGGCAAACCACCCUUUUUAUUGUUUUCUUGAUGGCUACAGUGGUUUCUUCCAAAUCCCGAUCCACCCUAAUGAUCAGGAGAAGACCACUUUCACAUGCCCUUAUGGCACCUUUGCUUAUCGAAGGAUGCCAUUUGGGCUGUGCAAUGCUCCAGCUACUUUCCUUUCCAGGUGCAUGACCUCCAUUUUUUCAGAUCUGAUAGAGGAGAUGGUAGAAGUCUUCAUGGACGAUUUCUCAGUCUAUGGAGCAUCCUUCUCCUCAUGUUUGUCUAACUUGUGCAGGGUGUUGCAGAGGUGUGAGGAGACCAAUCUAGUACUCAACUGGGAGAAGUGCCACUUCAUGCUCCCUGUUCCCAAGACUGUGAAGGACAUAAGGAGUUUUCUGGGUCAUGCAGGGUUCUACAGAAGAUUCAUCAAGGAUUUCUCAAAGAUAGCAAGACCCUUGACAAGGCUUCUGUGCAAGGAGACAGAUUUUGAGUUUGAUGAAGAAUGCCACAAGUCUUGGACCUUGCUGAAGGAUGCUCUGGUGUCUGCGCCAAUAGUACAAGCUCCAAACUGGGAUCACCCAUUUGAGAUUAUGUGUGAUGCAUCUGACUAUGCAGUAGGAGCAGUGCUUGGCCAAAAGAUAGACAAGAAACUCAAUGUCAUCUACUAUGCAAGCAAGACUAUGGAUGAUGCUCAGUGCAAGUAUGCAACCACAGAGAAGGAGCUCCUUGCCAUAGUCUUUGCCUUUGAGAAGUUUCGAAGCUAUAUAGUUGGAUCCAAGGUGAUUGUGCACACUGACCAUGCUGCCCUUAGACACAUCUUCGCUAAAAAAGAUACAAAGCCAAGACUUCUCAGAUGGAUCCUUUUGCUUCAAGAGUUUGAUAUAGAAGUUGUGGACAAAAAGGGAGUAGAAAAUGGAGUUGCUGAUCAUCUCUCUAGGAUGCGAGUUGAAGACAUGAUCCCCAUCAAUGAUUCUAUGCCUGAAGAACAGCUUAUGGCAAUCAUGAUCUUGAAGGAGAGUUUUGAUGAGAAAGCCAGGCUGGAAGAAGUUAAGGCUCUGCGUGAUGAGAAUUUGCCAUGGUAUGCUGAUAUAGUGAACUUCAUGGUGUCCGGAGAAGUCCCUAGUAGCUUUGAUGCUUACAAGAGGAAGAAAUUCUUCAAGGAUGCUAGGCAUUACUAUUGGGAUGAGCCCUACCUGUACAAGAGAGGACCAGACAGCAUUUACAGGAGAUGCAUUGCUGAAGAGGAUGUGCAAGGAGUUCUAGAGCAUUGCCAUGGGUCAGUUUACGGAGGUCACUUUGCUACAUUCAAAACAGCAACUAAGGUUUUGCAAUCUGGUUUAUGGUGGCCUACUUUGUUUAAGGAUGCAGCAGACUACAUUGCCAAGUGUGAUCCGUGCCAAAGGAAAGGAGGGAUCACCAAGAGGGACGAGAUGCCACUAAACCCAAUUCUAGAGGUUGAGAUCUUUGAUGUAUGGGGAAUAGACUUCAUGGGACCUUUCAAACCUUCUUCAAACGGGCACAACUACAUUUUGGUUGCUGUAGACUAUGUAUCCAAAUGGAUUGAAGCCAUUCCCUGCCCAACCUGUGACGCCAAGGUGGUUGUCAAGCUUUUCAGAACCAUCAUCUUUCCAAGGUUCGGCAUCCCAAGGGUUGUUAUUCGGAUGGAGGCUCCCAUUUCAUCAACAAGUCUCCAACAGACAGAUCAAGGCCAUAUUGAGAAGACUGUGAGCUUCACUAGGAAAGACUGGGCAGCAAGGCUUGAUGAGGCACUUUGGGCUUAUAGAACAGCCUACAAAACCCCCAUUGGAAGGUCUCCUUUCAAUUUGCUGUAUGGGAAGGACUGCCACUUACCUGUGGAGGUCGAAUAUAAGGCUUUAUGGGCAGUAAAGAUGCUGAACUUUGAUAUAAAGGCAGCACAAGAAAGGAGGGUAAUGAACUUGUUUGAGCUGGAGGAGAUAAGAAUGAAUGCCUAUGAGAACUCUAGGAUUUACAAGAUGAGAACCAAGGCAGCCCACGACAAACUGAUUCGCCUUAAGGAUUUCAAGGUUGGGGACAGUGUGCUCUUGUAUAACUCCAAGCUAAGGUUGUUUCCCGGGAAGCUGAGGUCAAAAUGGGCGGGACCAUUCAAGAUUCACGAAGUUCUACCCUAUGGGUCCCUCACUUUACUCAAUCAAGAGGGGAAGGAAUUCACAGUGAAUGGACAUAGAUGCAAGCCAUAUCUAGGAAUGACCCCCACAGAGGAGAUCAUCACUCCUCUAGAAGAUCCAACCCCGGCCUAA